AUGCAUAGAAGCACACCAAUAGCCCAAAGUAGGAGAAUAGCAUCUACGGAUUGUUCAUUAUCUGCAGCUAACGCAGCUGCUGCGCUAGCAACCGCCGACGGUGGAGGUUUUACUGUGAUCAGUAGCUCACCCACAGCUCCUUACGGUGUAUCCGUAGCAUCCAAUAACGAAAUUUCGGGCAUUUUGUCGGUCAUCAGCCAGCUGCCAUUCUUAGGCACCGCACUUUUGACGGUGGACGGUGUAUUGCCUACAGCUGGCGCUGGUUAUGUAAGAUACGGCUGUGGUUACGGUGAUGUGGGCAUCGUGAGUAAAGACUUCGCUUGUACUACUGUCGUUCAUGGAUAUGACAACGGUUUCAGCACCGAAGGAUGUCAUAACAUCCGGCGCCAAUGCGGUGGUGGAAAAUGA